CCCUUGGAGUCAGAUUCCGGGAUUAAUUUUGUUUCAGUAGUGUUUUACUGAAGUUUUGUUUGUUUUUAUUUACUUAUGAGAGACAAACUUAUUUAGAAUUAGUGAUAAAUUGUCUUUAAAAGACAGUCUAUUUUAUUUAUUCUUUUUGAUGAUGAUAAAACUGCAUUAAAUGAUGAGUUCCAAACACAAAUUCCCCAACGGCCUACCCCUGUACAACGGUGACGCCAGGCUCUACACAGGAUUUUAAACAGCAUGAAGGAGAUGGUAGGGGGAUGUUGUGUUUGCUCUGAUGAUAGAGGAUGGGCCGAAAACCCCCUCGUUUAUUGUGAUGGUCAAGGAUGCACUGUAGCUGUUCAUCAAGCGUGUUAUGGUAUUGUGACUGUCCCUUCGGGAAACUGGUACUGCAGGAAAUGUGAAACACCAGAAAGACCCGCUAGAACUGGUCCUAGACAGCAGCGUUGUGAACUGUGUCCAAGCAGGGAUGGGGCGAUUAAACCUACAGACAAUAAUGGUUGGGCUCAUGUUGUGUGUGCUCUGUACAUCCCAGAAGUUAGGUUUGGGAAUGUAACUACUAUGGAACCCAUUGUGCUACAACACAUUCCUCCUGAAAGAUUUCAUAAGGUGUGUUAUAUUUGUGAAGAAAGUGGGAAGGGAUCGCGCUCGACGGUGGGAGCUUGUAUGCAGUGUAACAAGUCAGGUUGCAAACAACAGUUCCACGUCACUUGCGCCCAGGCCUUGGGUCUACUCUGUGAAGAAGCAGGCAACUACUUGGAUAACGUCAAAUACUGCGGUUACUGUCAACACCACUAUUCCAAACUGAAGAAAGGAGCGAACGUGAAGACUGUUCCGCCAUAUCGACCAGUAGUCUCUGAUUCUCCUCCAAGCCCAGAUAAAGAUUCUGCAGAAAGUUGGUCAAAACCACCUGGCAAACGCAAACUUAGUACUUCUGGGAAAUCUUCAGCUCCGUCAGGUUUGUAUUAUGUAUAUAAUAUCAGAAUGACAUAUUUACGUCCUAAUGAACAGAUUUCUGAAGAAUAAAGAAGAAGAAAAAAG